AUGUUUUUUCAGCCACCACUCCUAUCCCUCCGCCCUCCUGUUUCCAGUUCUCGGAGAUAUGCAUCUGGCACCCCGAAACCGAGUCCACCGUUAGGAUCGCGUGCUGCUGUCAGCCCGGCUGCAGAACCGCCGACGGAGCGUUUCCGCUCACCGAGGGUUUACACUUUCCGCCGAAUAGCGUUGGCGACCGCUAUACCUGCCGCAAUUGUGUACCAGGUGUUCUUCGCAAAGUAUGACCAAGAGGAACAUGUCUUUACCCCUGCUCGGCGGUGGCUAGCGAGGCAGAAGGCCGCCUUUUUUGCCUUGAGUCCUGAAGAGCGUCGCAUGUUGGAACGGCAGGCAGAGGUGGCCGCCUCUUCUCGAUCAGAGCCAAGCAACUCUGUUCCGAAUUCCGAUACGAGGGUCCCGUAGUGUCUCCUAAACCACUUCGAACCGGAGGUCGUUCCGCGACAGGGCGGUCCCGGCGGAUCCACCACUCGGACAUGCCAUCAAAGAUUCCGAACACUCGCCUGAGUGUGCUCCGCAGUUUCUAUGGUGCUUAUUCGUGUGCUGAACCCAUGCGACGUACUGGACCCUGCGCGCCGCGGUUCAGCGAGCACAUCGUGUCGGGUUGCUCCCCCGUUGAUCACGGCGGUUAGUCAACAUAUGUAACGCACGUACACAUCGCUUCAGAGCAUUGGGAAUGGAUGAUUGUAAC